AUGCUUUCUGGUGUGCUUGCCGACGGCACGGAUCGAGCUAGUCGAGCAACCCUUUCUGGAUUAGCUCUAAUCAGCCAGUGCCGAUCGAUAGAGCAAAGCGCUGCAAAGAGUCAGCUUGAUUUCGGAGUUAGUAAACAAGUGGGUAUCCGGCUUGUUGUGUCAUGGAUGGUGGGAGACCUGUGCUCUAAUGCUAUUAAUACAUCCGGUGCCGAAAAAGAAAGGGAAAAUUGGACUGUGACUUAUCGCGAUUUGGAGGAUCAUUUACAGUGGAACUAUGUGGAAGCGAUCACCGCCAUCGGCCAACACAUUAUUGGCUCCUCUCCUUUCAGCUACACAAUCCGGAAUGCCGAAGUUCUCUGCUAA